UUAGAAAAUAAUCUACUUUUUGCCACAAAGCUUUUUGUACUGCGCUAUCAACCAAAACAUGGCUAGCCGAGCGGCAAUGCUCUUAGGACAAGUUGUUCCGUGUGUGAAGCAAAAUGCAUCUAAAAUACGAGUGCGACGAAUGGAGUUGGAUACGAAUCUUAACAUGUAUUUCAAAAAGGACGAGUUUUACUUCGCCCAUGAUCCCGAUAAGCGUUGUAAAACUGGCGACAUCGUUUUGAUAAAGGAAAUGUCGGAAAAGUUGACUCGUUUAAUAUCUCAUACGAUUGAGGAGAUAGUCUAUCCUUUGGGCGAUGUAACCGACCCAAUUACUGGUAAAAAAGUAGUGGUAGGAAAAUACCGUGAAGAUAUAGAGGAAGCUAAUCGGCUAUUCGGUAAAUCACAGAAUGCAUUUGAUUAUUCUAAUGCACCAGCUCGGGGCCGUCUAGAAGGUUCACGAGAUUUCACGCACGGUGAAACAUAUAUCAAAUAUCAUGAGGAUGGCAAAGAACAACCGUUUGCGGUAUGAAUUAAUAUUUAAAUAUAGUGAUUGCAAUGCACGUGUUAUGUGAAAAAGUAGUUUUAAAGUUAAAAUAAAAGUAAUAUUACAACGUACUUUACGGAUAU